AAAGCAUGGAUGUAUCCGAGCGCUCCCACAUUACAAAACUACUGGAAACCAGGAACGGAGCACGGGCGCGUAACGGGAGAAACCGUCGACCGGAUCAGUUCUGCAUCUUUACCUGCAACAGGGCCGGCUCGGCCCGCUGACAAACAACUUUAGUGACCGUUUUACUUUAUUAUUUCCUGUGAUUACCGAGGCUCCCGUCUCUUUCUCCCUCUCUCCAAGUGAACUUUAUAGGGAUGAUAUAUCAGAGCAUCACCGCGCUGAAUGCCCAGAUAGUGCUGAAGUAGGUGUAGGACGGAUGUGAGGAGUGAACGACUGGAGAGACUCGGGCCUCUUCUUCUACUACUACUUUUUGUUCGGUUUUACACACAAGAGAAAAGAGUGUGAGAGAGCGACUGUGUGUGUGUGUGUGUGUGUGUGCAGGAGAGUGAAAAAGAGAGAGAGAGAGAGAGAGAGAGAGAGAGAGAGAGAAAGAGGGAGAAGUCGCACCGGUUUUUUUGGAGCUACGCUUUCAUGCCGUCAGUCUUGCGGACUCUGAGAUGGACGUCAGAUUUUAUCCAGCUCCCCCUGCAAGCGUGGGUUCAUGUACGUUACCGACUGACUCCGGUUUGGACUAUUACCACUCCAACAAGAGCAGAUACGGUGCUGCAGAUCGAGGUGUGAGGCUCUACAGUUCCUUGCCCAUGCGCCCAAACCCUGACGGCAAGAGACUGCCCUCUACUGGGUUUGAUGGUGACAAUAUGUACAUGAAUGAAAACAACCACGAGUUUCUCCCGCCAAACCAGAGCUACACAGGUCAGACUGGCGGCGGCGGGGGAGGAGGCAGCGGCGGGGGCACGGCCAGUGGAAAUGGAGCCGGGGACGAGGACUACGAGAUCCCCCCCAUCACUCCACCUAACCACCCCGAGCCCCCUCUUCUUCACCUGAUGGAGCACGACUCUACAGGCUACCUCUGCCACUCGCUGCAACACAAUGGGCUCAUCAAUCCGUAUUCCUACCCAGAGCUGCCCACACUCAUGAUGUCUAACAUGCUGGCACAGGACAGCCACCUCGUCUCUAGCCAAAUGCCCUCGAUGCAGGAGAUGGCUUUGCACCACCACCAACAGCAACACCAUCACCAGCACCCAGACGGCACUCAUUAUGACCCAACCCGUAACCACCCCCUGAUAAACAGCUCACCUCCGAUACUGCCCAACCCCAUGAGUGCACUGUCCCAGCUAAACCCUCAGGUCAGCCGGAGUGCACUGCCUCAUGGUUCCCCCUCACCUCCCGGAAGUAAAUCGGCCACACCCUCCCCCUCAAGCUCCAAUCAGGAAGAGGAGACUGAUCCUCAUUCGAAGAUGGUCUUCCAGAUCACGGGCGAGAAGCGGCCGUCUUCGGAGAUGAUGAAGCCCAAGCCCAAACCUCAAAAAAAGAAGAAGAAGAAGGAUCCCAAUGAGCCUACAAAGCCUGUGUCAGCCUACGCUUUAUUCUUCAGAGACACCCAGGCAGCCAUUAAAGGACAGAAUCCCAAUGCCACCUUUGGAGAUGUAUCCAAGAUAGUAGCCUCCAUGUGGGAUGGUCUGGGAGAGGAGCAGAAACAGAGCUACAAGAGGAAAACAGAGGCUGCUAAGAAGGAGUACCUGAAAGCCCUGGCCGCCUACAGAGCCAGUCUGGUUUCCAAGACAUACAAUGAUCCUGUGGAGACAAAAAGUGUCCAAACAAGCCAGGCUUCUCCACAUAUGAUGCCAGCCAACCCGCCCCUCUACAGUGUGCCACCUCCACCCCAGCCGUCGUCGCCCUACCUGGGGCCCGGGGCCUUCCCGCUCACCGACCUGCAGAGCUACGCAGGUCACGCCCCUCGCCACACCCUGUCGCAGACGCUCAGCCAAUCACAGAUGCUGCCCAGCAUUAGUGCCUCUCCCCCAUCCUCCUUCCAGAUCAGCCCACCCCUUCACCCCCACCAGCAGCUCUCCCUGCACCAGAGCUCGCUCCUCAACCAGCCUAUCCGCAUGCAGCAGGUCCAGUCCCAGCCAAUCAUCUCUCACCAGAUGGGGCUGCAGGCCUCUCUUCACUCCCCACCUCCUGGGCAGCAGGGUUUUUCCCACCUCCAGUCAGAGUAUCAGAAGAGCAUUGGUGGUUCCCAGUCUCCAGGGGCCCCUGGCCCUGGUCCAGGCCCUGGAGUGGCUCAGAGCCAUGACUGGGACAGUGAAUACUGCAAUCGGGAGUGUGGCAACCACUGCAGUGGCAGCAUGAUUGGCAGGGACAAGCCACUCUACCUCACCUGAAAUUGAAGAUCUUGCCCUGUCGACAAAUACGACACCGAAGAGUCUACUCUCACCCACGACCCCACCCCACCCCGUCCCCCACCACCCCUAACCCCUCAACCCUCUUCUGAUGCACACACUUACACACACUCACACUUACAUAUAAUUACAUACAAACACACACACGCAAACAAACAUCCUCCCAAACACCACCACCUUUUGUUGUCAAUGUAAUUAUUAUUUCUCUUUUUCUAGAAGAAUUUGUGACCAGAGUUUUUUGACUAGAUGACUGCUGUCUGUACCACUUAAUGUAUUAGCAGUCCUCUUGCUGUUUAAAAUUUGCCAAGCACUUAUAAAGCCCAUCCCCUCCCUCCCUCCUGCUCCCUCCCUCCUGCUCCCUCCCUCCUGCUCCCACCCUCCUCUCUGAGUUGUGUGUCUGCGCUCUCUCCGAUGCAGGCCGGGCUGUAGAGCACUCCUCUUCUGUGUCACCAUCAAAGUCCCCUCAGGGACCCCAUCCAGCUUUAAUUAGAAUGAGAAGAAAAAAUUACUCUUCCUCUUCUUUAAUCAUUUUAAUUUCCUUUUGUGUUUUUCCUUUUUUGUUGUUGUUGUUGCUGUUUUAUUUAUUUCUGGCUUGCAAAAUUGUUCCUCUUUUUUUGCCAAUAAGCGUUGGGCCCUGUACUGUAGAAAAAUAUAAACUUCUAGUAGGUUCAUCGCAGGCUUAGAUGUUAUGGUAGCUUUGCUUAAGGGCCUGCAAAUUAAUACAAAAAGCUUGGGUUGGGAAGAGAAACAAAACAAAAAGAAUCUUUUUUUAAUAUUAAAGACCUGUUGAGGUCUACUGAGCUGUCACAGUGUGAUUGUAAAUAUCACUUUUAUGGGAUCAAAUUGGGAAUUGGAAGUCGAGAUAGAUUUGUUUCUUCUUUAAUAUUACAUGUAAGUCAUUUUAUGUGCGUGUGUGUGUGUGUGUGUGUGUGUAUGUCUGGACGUUAGAAUGUACCCCAUUCAUGACGUGUGCAGUUGAGUGUGUAUGUGCACGGACACACACUUGCGCGCAAGAGUGUUUCAGUGUUCGAGUGUUGAGUCUUUCUCGUGAAUUUUAACAGCCUUGUGCAGCUGGAUUUCAGAGGAGUAUUUCACACUCUCGUUCUUGCAUUAAAUCUGUGCUCACUGGUGUGUUUUUUUCCAAUAAAGUUCAAUCUAAAACUGAAUACACAAUAUGUGUCCUGCAGAUCAUUAAAUGGAAAGAGCCAGGUGAGAGAUAAAGAGGAAAGAGAUAGAAGGAGAGAAAGAAACGCCGUGAGAUAAAAUGAGAUAUAAUGUUGCAGGUGGGAAAAAAAAGAUAUUGCCUCAAAACGCCCCACCCCCUUUUUCUUAUUUUGUCUGACCAUAAUGUCAAUUUUCUCUCCUCGACAUGCAGAAGUGAAGUAAUGAAAUAUGUGAAUGGAGCCAUCACAUCCACAUUACAGUGAUUUUUAUAAGUUUCUAGUUGGUGUUUGGUUGUGUUGAUCUCAUCUUUUUAACUUUUUGUGUGAUUAACAGAAAUGCAUUUUGCUGACAAAGACAUCUGUAUUUAUCUCUUUACUGUAGCAUAAUUUCAGUUUUAGUUGUUACAGAACUAUAACAUUUUAAGUUGUGUAAAAAAAACCUGCCAAUUGUAGUUAUUUUAUUUGUAAAGCCAGUAAUGAUAAAAAUUUUAAAUGGUUAUCAACAUAUUGUUUCCGCUAGUUGCCCAUCAGCUAUUUGACAGGUUUUCUUAUUUAUGAGAGAAAUUAGAUCACUUUUGCUUCUUACAAUGGAGGUGUAUUUUUAUUCUUAUUUUAUUGUUCUUUUUCCCUCUGGUUUGAUAAAACUGAUGAUGAACACAACAAUGAUUUUUUUUCUUUAUUUUUUACAUUUUAGGUGCUGCUCCUUUUUUUUUUCUUGCCAGCAGCAUCUGUUUGUGUCACAAUGCUUCUUUUAUUUUAAACCUGCAUAAUAAAAAAAAAAGUUUAAAAGUGA